AUGCAAAGUGGAAAUAAAAAUUCUCAGAUAAUUGAGAAAAAAACUUUAACAGAGUCAAGUUUGCAGACGGGUCGUAUUGAUAAGGAUCAUCCGUAUGUUGAUGCGCAUCGGGCACCUUGCUUAGAAGUGGUCUGGAAUCCAUUCAAUGAUAACGUUAUUGCAAGUUGUUCUGAGGAUGCUACAGCCAAAGUUUGGUUAAUCCCUCCAAAUGGAUUGAUACGUACCUUAUCAGAGCCAGUUGUUGAGCUGGACGGACAUCAGAAACGCGUUAAUACUCUCGCAUGGCAUCCGACAGCCAAUAACAUCCUAAUUACAGCAGGUGGUGAAAACAAGUUGCUUAUGUGGAAUGUUGGUACUGGCGAGGCAUUGUUGGAGAUUUCUGGUCAUCCAGAUCAAAUUUGGUCAAUUUCGUUCAAUUAUGACGGAAGUCGUUUCGUGACGACAUGUAAAGACAAACGUCUUCGAGUGAUUGAUUCGCACUCGGGUGAGGUUCUCUUCCAAGGUCAAGGUCACGAAGGUGUUAAACCACAACGUGCCAUAUUCCUUCAGGAUGGACGUAUCUUCACAACUGGCUUCACGAAACGUUCGGAACGUCUUUAUGCGCUACGUUAUCAGGCAAGCAACUUGAAAUCCAAUGGUGUGCUGUUCCCUCUUUACGACGAAGAUACGGGACUUAUCUAUUUGUGUGGAAAGGGCGAUUGUGCGAUUCGUUAUUACGAAGUGAAUAAUGAGUAUCCGUUUGUACAUUACAUCAACACCUAUACGACAUCUGAACCACAACGUGGCAUAGGAUUUAUGCCGAAGUUGGGUAUAAACUCGAAUGAGAACGAAUGUGCGCGUAUCUAUAAAGUUACAACUAAGGGCGUUGUGGACGAAUUGCAAUUCUUCGUUCCACGAAAAUCCGAUCUAUUCCAGGCCGAUCUGUAUCCACCUACUCGAAGUCAUGUGCCGGCGAUGACUGCCGAAGAGUUCAUCGAGGGCAAAGAUGCACCACCGAAUCUAACCGAAGUGAAUCCGGCAGCCGCGCAAGCAAAACCAAAAAUUCAAGUUGCGAAAAAAGCCAACAUUCUCGCAUCACUUCAACCGACGUANGAAGUUUUCCAUCAACAGAAUUCUUCUUGCGAUGAAUUUUUCGCUUUUUUGAAUAUGACUAUGCAAUCAGAGACAUCCUCUCCAGUGUCACGAAAUGAAGACUCGGUACCUCAACGAUCACCAAGAUACGAUGAAAGCGCUGGAGGUCGUAUGGACGACGCACCGCAGCAACAAACAAGGUCUCGUAAGCAACCGGUUAUGGAUGAUGAUAUGGGUAUUGUGCGAGUGGAUAAAAGGAAGUCUGCUCAUGACUGGGAACAGCAACAACAACAACAACAACCCCAACAACGCAGAAGUCCUGAGCGAGCUGCAGCCGUACCAAAACAGCAGGUGCAACUGAGAUCACGUCCCGAUCGAGACGGUGGUGCAACGGCUGGUCAACGACGUGCAACCGCCGAAUUGGAGCGUAUCAGACGUGAGCAAGCUCGUGAGCCAGAUCGUGAAGAGUUGAUGCCACCUGCCUCGCAUCCGACAACUUACUCUCCUCGACAGAGCAUGACGAGU